CAUGAUGGCGGUCUCGUCAGCACAAAUUUUGAAGCACGUCCCAGUUGUUGUGGUUUUAGGUGCAACGGGGACAGGAAAAUCAAAGCUAGCGCUGAAUAUAGCUUCUAGAUUUAGUGCAGAAAUCAUAAGUGCGGAUUCCAUGCAGGUUUACAAGGGACUUGACAUCAUCACUAACAAGGUGACUCAGGAAGAGCAGGCUGAAUGUAUUCAUCACAUGAUUGGUUACAUUGAUCCACUUCAUCAGACGCACAAAGUUACCAACUUCAGAGAUAAAGCUCUUCCAAUAAUAGACAGCAUUUUAUCUCGGAACAAACUACCAAUCAUUGUCGGAGGGACUAAUUAUUACAUUGAGGCUCUUCUGUGGAAGUUCCUUGUAGAUAAACAGAAAGCCAGUCCACCCAGAACUCGAGACCGAAGUCCUUUAACAACAAGGUCAAGUCCAAUGGGAAACUCAGCCUCAUCAUCUGCCAACUCCCCAAGACAACCAAGUGAAGAAACAAGCGAGCAUGGUCGAAAUUUCGAUGGAGAAAGGGAUGACACUAAUAGCUCAACAGACUUUGCAUCAUUGGACAAUGAGGCGUUGCACCGUGAGCUUGAGAGGGUCGAUCCAGUUACAGCCCUGAGGUUACACCCGGCUGAUCGGCGGAAAGUUGUCAGGGCUCUUGAAGUGUAUCACCAGAAUGGCCAGCCUCUGAGUGAGAUUCUCUCCAAGCAACACGAAGACACCGGCGCGUCUGCUAUCAGUGGUCCAUUACGUUAUGACAACACCUGUAUAUUUUGGGUCCAGUGUGACCAAAAAGUAUUAGAGGAAAGACUCGAUGCUAGGGUUGAUGACAUGAUACGACGUGGGCUUGUAAAGGAACUGCUGGAUUUCCAUGAGGCUUACAACAGGCCUAGAGUUGCAGAUAACAAGGUGGCAGACUACACCUUGGGUAUAUUCCAGAGCAUCGGCUUCAAAGAGUUCCAUGACUACCUGAUUUUGCCUGAAGAGGAGAGAGGGACAGCUCACGCACAGAAAUUACUUCAGCAGGGUAUUGACCAGCUGAAGCUUGUGACAAGACAAUAUGCCAGGAAACAGCGCAAGUGGAUCAGGAACAGAUUCUUACGACGUCCAGGUAGCAGCGUGCCUCCAGUCUACGGAGUCGAUUCCACAAACCCUGAGAACUGGGAGAUUGAUGCCUUGAAACCUGCUUUAGAGAUCCUCUCUGCUAUUGUUAAGGGGGAGACUCCUUCAAUCCAACCACUGCCAUGUGAAGCCCCCAGGGAUGAACCAGAACAUCACAUCUGUGAUAUCUGUGGAGGGAGGAUAUUCGUUUCUAAGCUGGCAUGGGAGGCUCAUUUGAAUGGUAAGAAGCACAAGAACCUACUCCGAAAGAAGAGACAGUUAGAAAGGCAACAAGCUGAGGAUGCCAUUCAAAAGGGAAAUACUGAGGCAAGCUGAUGCUGAAAUCAACCAAAUCGGGAUGAAACUCGUGGACCGUAUUCAAACCUCACAAACACUUAGACAAUUCUCACUCAGUAUAAGACAAUUGCUGUGACAUAAAGGUGCUUUGGAUUUUGGACUGGACCCGGUUGCUCAGUCUGUGUUAGCAGUUACAUUGGCAUUCGUGACUUGUCAGAUACAUGUCAACUUUGUUUUGAACCAAG